UAUUACAUUGCUGCUUCUCUCUAUAGAACAACAGCCGCCUCUCCUCUUCUUCUCUCUGUGAAUAUAUUGUAUAGCUUUGCAUUCUCUCUCUCCCUCUCUCUCACAUUAGAGCCAAUACACACUCAUUUACUCCUUAAUACAAGCAGAGUGCUCUGUUUUUCAUAAGCUUCAUUCAAGCUGGCGAUCGAAAAUCAGGAAACCACUAUCAAGCCUAGAAAUAGGAGAAUCAUGGGUGCCGGAGGACCUGAAGAAGACGACGACGACAACAGGUGGCCGAAGUGGCUAAGGCCUCUGCUAAAGGAGAGCUUCUUUGUUCAAUGCAAAUUGCACGCUGAUUCCCAUAAAAGUGAAUGUAAUAUGUAUUGUAUGGAUUGCAUGAAUGGGGCUCUCUGCUCCCUCUGCCUAGCCUACCACAAGGACCAUCACGCUAUUCAGAUAAGGAGGUCCUCAUACCAUGAUGUGAUAAGGGUAUCAGAGAUACAGAAGGUGCUGGACAUAUCUGGUGUCCAGACUUAUGUGAUCAACAGUGCGAGAGUUGUUUUCUUGAAUGAAAGGCCUCAGCCUAGGCCUGGCAAAGGUGUCACCAACACCUGCGAUGUCUGCGAGCGAAGCCUUCUUGAUUCCUUCCGUUUCUGCUCCCUUGGCUGCAAGCUUGCUGGCACAUCAAAGAAUUUUCAGAAGAAGAAGAAACAACAAGCAGUAAUGAAGUCGGAUUCUGAGGAUUCUUACAGCAGCAGCCGCCAUGGUAGAUACAAGAACAACGACAAAGAGCGAAGCUUCUCUCCCUCAACGCCGCCUCCGACUUUGGUUAGAUACCAAACUGCCAAAAGAAGAAAGGGAAUCCCCCACCGCGCCCCGUUCGGAGGGCUGACCAUAGAAUACUAGCUAGUAGCUAUAGUACUUUUUAUCAGUUAAGCAAUCCACUUGAUAUACUAACCCAAUGCUGGAGCUUCUCUUGGCCAGCAUGGGAGGUUUAGUGCUCAUCACUAGUAAUGUGUACAUAGAAGCAGCAGCAGCAGCAGCAGAAAAUAGAAGUGGCAAAGUCGGAGAAAAGGACAAUAAAAUAAAGGAUGGGGACUGAAUGGCAAAUAAUAAAAAGUAGUCUUUGUAGUGUAAAAGAACAUAGUUUGGGUUUUAGAGUGAUUAUACAUAAGUUUUGGGGAAAAAUUGUAAAUAUUAUUAUCGUUUUUGGUGGGUUUUUCAUGUCUGUAUCUUUUGUUUUUUCUUUUUAUUUUCUAGGUAGUGGAAGUGGAAAGAAAAUGUGUAAUGAUAUGAAAUGAAAAUAAGAGAUUGUUGUGUCCGUGUCUGCAA